AUGGCCGUCACUUGGAAAACACUUAAAUUAACUCUCUUAACUCGAUUCAGAACUACAAGCUCCUCUUCUUCCACAUUCUCAUUCUCCUCGUCUGAAGACAAUGAAAGCACUCUCGAUGAUGAAGCCCAAGCACUAAGAAAAGAACGUACAGGACAUAGCUGCAAGAAGAAGAGUCACCUGGAGAAAUUGGAGAGAGUUAUUAUUUUCUGUAAAAGAUACUUUUGGCAGAAAGUGUCGCAUAAGCCCCUACCUGCAAGACCAAUGGAGCCAAACAAUCUUCACAGAGGUAUGAUUCCAUCAAUCCAGACAAUGAAGUCGAGAGAAAUGAUCGAUCAACAGGUCGGUGGAGAAUCCUCAGUCAGAGGCUAUCCUCUUCCCGUUGAUCCUUCUAGCAAAUUUGCAUUCGAUCAUUCGACAAAGUCGCAAGCUUCUGUUGAUGUUUGUCUCCCUAGAUCUAUUGACUGGGAAUCAGUUGAAGGACGAGGCUCUAGACUCUUGGAAGACUCAGACAUCGAAAUGGAGAUGGAAGUUGCAGGCCAUGAAAAUGGUGAACAUAUUGAUGGGGUUGUUGAAAGUGUUAAACCACGAGUUCGAUUUCCGGUAAUGACACAAGGAACUAUCAAUCCCAUGGCCAUUACACAACUUCAAGAUGAGCUUGAGGAUGUCAAUAGAAAAUUGGAUAAGCUGCAAGCAACAUCUGUACCAUUAAAGGAUGAAAUCACCCUACCAAAGAGAAUGAGUCUGCCGCAAUUGAUGGAGAUGUUUCCAGCAAUGGGAGAUCAGAUCAAUGCUAAGAUGAACCAGGGGUUGAAUGAUGCUCGCGAAGAAUACGAGGUAAAACUCAAGAGGUUGCAAGAUGAUCACAAUGACGAGGUUUUGAGAAUGGGAGCGAUUGCAAGCGAGAUGGAGUCAAAAUUGAACAAAGCUGAAGAAAAAUUGAGGGGCUUGGCAGUGUUUGGCCAGAGAUCCCCAAAUGAGUCGUUCGGUAAUGUCUUGCCUGACAUUCAAAACUCUCAUGGCCCUUCAAGAAACACUACCAAUAGCAGACAAGACCUUUGUCCACCCGCACAGAUUGUCAAUUCUCAAGCUCCACAAGCGUUUACUUUCGGUUCUCCUACAAACCCUUUCCGAAAUAACGGAUUGGUAAACAGCGAUGGUUCUUCUACUCAUUUUACAAACCCUUUCCAAAACAAUGGAUUGGCAAACGGCAAUGGUUCUUCUACCCCUCUUAUGAAUCCUUUCCGAAACGAAGGAUUGACAAACGGCGAUGGCUCUCCUUCCUCUUUCGCAAACCCUUUCCGAUUGGCAAACGGUGACGGCCAAAAAAGGGGAUGCGACGAGCCUGUUCAACCCGAGUUCGGCAGAGAUGUCAAGAGAGUGAAGAGAGAGCAGUUUUGA